AUGGAGGAUGACUGGAUGCACUGUGUGGACCGUCUCUUAAAGGCAUGGACAGGAUAUCAGUUGGGGGUACAGAUGCUUUCCGGUGGACCAGAAACAUAUCAAAAGGCUGAGUGGUUUGCUAAGGUUCUGGCCGAGUAUACAUCCAGCUCAGGGAAUCUACAAGUUCAUAACUUAAGUGAAUGGAUAUGUGACAUUUUGGAUAACGAGUUUAAUCUUAUUCUAAAGGAUAACAGCAUCGAGUGGCUUGCUUCAUCUCUGCUAAAGUGUAGGUUGUGGUUGGAAAAAUGUCAGAAACCAGAAUUUGAAAAUUUCCUAUCCAAGUUGCCGUCCGAAAGUGCCGUACGAGCUGCUGCAAUAGAAAGUGAGGUGGUAAUGGACCACUCAGAUGACGAAAACAGUGACUGUGAGAAAUUUGAGAAUAAGCCGCAAGACAAACAAACUAAAAGGUCAUCGAGGAGACGCAUGGAAACCGAUGAAGAUGGUUGGACUACAGUUAUUCGUAGAUAA